GCUCUGGUCACACUGUCUGUAAAAUGAAGAAAAAGGAAACCCAAAACACAAACAAUAGAAUUUUAUUAUCAGUCUUCAUAGGGGAGGAGGUGCAACCAGCAUAAAUGGAACCAUGUCAGUGCAGUGUCAUUGAGUAGUAUGGAAUAAUUGUAAAGCAAACACAUUGGAAAACCUACACAACGACAGUGACGUCACGGGCCCAACUGCGCAGAAAAACAACGGAAAUCUUAGAGAAAAUCAAAAGGGGUGUAGGAGGAGCUCUAGCAACCGAUCCCACCGACCUUGUGGCCAAUUUCACUUUUACCACAAUCAAAGCCGAUUAAUUAUAUAUAAAUCGAAGCAGCCAAAGGCCAAAGUUUCCAUUUCACGAUGACGGGCGACGAGAAGCUGCCGCUGAAGCAGGCAGAGGUCUCCAUACAGAGAUUCCAGGAAAUGGCGGUUCCCCAUCACAUGAGUCUCCUGAAAAACCAUCGCAGCAAUAUAGAGAAAAGUCUGGCCUUGGGCGACUGGCAAAAGAUCAAAAAAGAAGAACUCAAUGCCCUACGGGUCAUUAAACAAAUAAAGAAUCUUCUCCUAGAAAUGGAUGCACUGCGUGAAAAGGUGCGGGAAGAAGAUCUGGAACGCUUCGAUGACCUUAUGCGGCCCGGCAGGGAUCAAGCCUUUGCAGGCAUGAAGGAUUUUGCAGAGCUAAAACUGAAGUCCCCCACGUCGACGUUGGGCUCCCAGUAUGACGAGGACCAGGAUAAUCCAGCCGAGAACGUAGACAUGCACAAUUUACCUGCUCAUCAGCAUAUGCCUCAGCUGCAGGUCAACUUCCACUUGGAAGAGCACACGCUGGCACAACGCCAAGCCUGCCUCGAUCAAAUGGAAAAUCUGCAGAGGGAAAUCUACGAUCUUCACGGCAUGUUUCAGGGCAUGCGGCAACUGACUGCAGAGCAAUCGGUGGCGGUAGAGAAAAUAGCUGACAAUGCAGAGGAGGCAUUGGAAAAUGUACAACAAGGCGAGCGACAGCUACGCCAAGCACUGACCUACAAAAAAGCAAUGUAUCCAGUGGUAGGAGCUCUCCUAGGCACCUGUGUAGGUGGACCCAUUGGAUUAGUGGCUGGUAUUAAAGCAGGAGGACUGGCAGCAGUGGGUUGCGGCAUUCUGGGCUUCACCGGCGGCUCAGUCCUAAAGGCCAAUCCAAAUGUAAUGCAUGGCAAUAUUGAGGAACAGCAGGCGGAGGCUGAUAGCGAGUCGACAGAGAGGUUGGAGCUGAAGGAGAAGCCAGAAUGACCAACCGGGGAUCAAGCCCCGUCAGUGUCGACGACUCUGGCCACCACGCACAUCUGGUCGGCUAAUACGCGGCGUUUGGAGGCGGCCACCAGCGUCAUCUCCAGUGUGCGCAGUUAUUGUUCCGUUCAGUAAUGAUACCACACUCCCCCUUUUAGUUAAAUAACCUCCCCAAUUUGUGAUCAUUCAUUCAUGUAGGGCAGCUCACCAGCCUCAUCUGAACUUCGUGUUUACUUUAAGCGUUGGAUAUUUGUUAUAACCAUGACGUAGAAUCUAUAUGUAACUUUUAAGGCUUUAAUAUGCAAUAAAUACCUUAGCUUUAACAACUAA